AUGAAAAAACGGCAGGUGGAAGCGGACAGGAAGAAGGCUGAAGCUAAUUUGGUCAAGGAAGUUGCAAGGAAGCAGAAACAACAGGAUCGGUUGGCAGCGUUGGAAGUGACGAGUCGGAAGCUUGUCCUAGAUGAGUCAGAGAUUCAGAAACUCACCAAAGAUCAACUUAACGAGCAGCUGGACUACCAUCGGAAUGCAGAGAAGGGACUUCCAGACAUUCCACAGGAGGUCCGGGUACCUCUAAAGUCGAAGAUGACGACGAAUGCUAUGCGGAAAGAAGUCCUAAUACGCGCUGCUAUCAGGUAUAGAGCACGAAAUGGACCCCAGAAUGAUACCCCACCUUUGGAUAUACCCCGGUAG